UUAGUUAUCAAUAUCUGUGACAAAGACAAGAGACCAAUGAAAGAAAUGGUAUUGCUUUCACCAUCCUGUCCCAGAGUUUCAAGAAUUAAAGGUUUCCCAUCUGUUCCUAAUCCCAAACUUGAGUAUUAUACACCAGAUGGAGUCAGUCUCCUUCCUUUGUGUCCUGUAACUUCUAGUAUACCAGGAUUCCCAUCACUGGAACAACAGAAUAAAGAAGAUUGGGCUGCUGACAUAAGUCCAUUGAUAUACAGAUCCCAAAGGACCGCUCAGUUUAAUUCUGAUUUAAUACCAAGUAAUACAGACAAAGCAAAGGAAAUGUUGCUGUUUUCGUCAUCCUGCCCAAGAGAAUCACUCAUCCAUGGCUUUGCAUCAAUACCAAAACUCAGUGUUACUGAUAUUGACAAAAGAAGCAUGGUGGGUCUUUUGAGUUUAUGUCCAAAAACCUCCCAGAUUGCAGGAUUUCCAUCAUUUCAUAGUCCAAAAUUGUGGAUAAUAAACAAGGCGCCACUGUUUGAAUCAAGGAUAAAAGACAAACAUCCAUUAGUUAUCGAUAUCUGUGACAGAGACAAGAGACCAAUGAAAGAAAUGGUAAUGCUUUCACCAUCCUGUCCCAGAGUUUCAAAAAUUAAAGGUUUCCCAUCUGUUCCUAAUCCCAAACUUGAGUAUUAUACACCAAAUGGAGUCAGUCUCCUUCCUUUGUGUCCUGUAACUUCUAGUAUACCAGGAUUCCCAUCACUGGAACAACAGAAUAAAGAAGAUUGGGCUGCUGACAUAAGUCCAUUGAUAUACAGAUCCCAAAGGACCGCUCAGUUUGCUUUUGACCUCUCACCAAGUAUCACAGAAACAACAAAGGAAAUGUUGUGUUUGAUCUCAUCUUGCCCAAAAGCAUCAGUCAUCCAUGGCUUCCCAUCUGCCACCAAAUGCAAGGUGUCAAGUCUUAAACCCAAGGAACUUCCCAAAACUAGAAUCAAAUCCAACAUGGAACCUAAUAUGAAAAAUCUUCUACCCUGUUGCUCCUUCAUUUCACGUAUCAAAGGUUUUGCAUCCCUGACUACAGUCCCAAGCACAGAAUGGCUAAGUGAAACAAAAUUGAUACUGAUGAAACCUCAGAACAAACACAACAUUAUCUACAUUCCUGAACAGUAUCAGCUAGAUUUCAACAGCAGGAAAGGAAUGCAGUCUUCAGUGACAUCCUGUCCUAACAAGACCAUAAUCUAUGGUUUUCCUUCUGCCCAAAAAGUAAGCAGGCAACCAGAUAUGGUCAGCUUAUAUAUAUCCUCUUCAUGUGUCUCAUGCGUCCCUGGUUUUCCAUCAGCAAGAAUGCUAAGCUGUGAAUGUUCUGAAACAUACACUUGGACAACACAUAAUAUUGUCUUGUUUGAGAAGAGGCAAAAAGAGAAUGCUUUUAUUGCAACUUUCCCAGCAAAAUUCCAACAUUCACAAGAAGUUAAGUCUAUGGUCCAAAUGGCUCCAUCAUGCCCACAUCUGGCUCAGAUUCCUGGAUUUCCCAGUGUUUUGCAAGUGAACACAGCUGAUGUGAAAAAAAUGGGUACUCCAUGGCUUUCUGCUACAGAAGACAAUAGAAGUGGUGUUCCUCUAUCAUCUGUAAAGAAUCAAAUCACUGAACUUUUUAAUGAUGAAAAGUGGGGGGAAAAGCAAAGUGUAGCUCAUUGUCUAUAUAAUGGCAAAUCACAUGUAGAGACGAUACCAGCAGAUGAAACACAGGCAGGGGAUAGAUCAUUGGAUACGUCAGAGACAGCGAGACUUUUUGGAUGGGAGGUUUUGGAGGCAGAUGGAUCAGUGUCUGAAAAACAGAAAGAACACUACUUAUCACCAAAUGCAGAAGAGACUUCUGGAUUAGUAAAGGCCCUUGUUGGUGUUUUCCACAAAGGUUUUGAAACAGUAGCAUCCAUCCUGGGCCCAUCUAGCUCUGCUUUAGUGGAUGUCGAUCACCCCCUUGAUGUUCCUACUGUGCGCCUAAUGAACAGGAAGUUGACUCCAUCUACUGAGCUUUUACCUUGUUAUACUGAUAGCCAAACUCCUCCACAAAAGAUAGAGGACAAUUCUGAGGGCAUUCUCGCUAAACAAGAAUAUCCAACAAGUGUCGAACCAUACAUGUGGAACUUGGUUGAUGAUCAGUUAGUCGCUUCAUUACCAAUUACUGACAAUGAUGACAGCCUUCUUGUUUCAUGUAUGAAGCCAUGGCCACUGAAAGAAGAGGAUAGAAGGGGUAUAAAAGAAGUUAGUGAAGGAACAGAUGAAUAUGAGUUACCUCUUAAUCAGCAGCAUUCAAAGGACAGAUUGCUGAUUGAGCAGAACUCUGUUCAAACAUUGAAGUGCCUGGAAAGUUCGCUAGCAGGACACCAGGACGGUGUAGAACAAGAUGGUGUAAAAACGUUUUCUUCUCAACCAGAGAAAGGCCCGACACAAACAAGCUCAAAAACGCUGUCUGCAUCUCCCCUCCACCCCACUGAUGGAAACAAACAAAGAAGUACACUAUCUGAUGUACUUCUGAACAGAUCCACAUGUGAUCAAGACAAUAAUCCAGUGGUGCCACUAGCUGACAGUGGCGGUCCCACGCAAGACGAAAAGCAAAAGAGAACAGUUCCACCUCAACUGAAACAGAGUGAUCAAGAAAUGUGUGUAGUUCCAGUAAGGCCAAACAGAAAGAAGGAUAAGUUAACAGAAGACCAUAAAGUAGUUCCUUUGUUUCGUAAGCCUGUCGCCGGAUUUAGCCCUGUUCAGUCCAAAAGGAUGGAGGCUAUCACGAAGAGUUCUCUACAGUCAUUCUCUGACCCUAUCCACACCUGCUGCAUGGAACCUCAAAUUAUUUCUGCUUUGGGUGGUGAAACACAAUCCAACUCACUUCUUUCAGAAAGGAUACAGACAGAAGACAAUACAACAGAACCAUCUCAGCUGUUUCAUAAUCUAUCUAAACAGACAGCGUUGGAGCUAGUUAGCUCAGAGGACACAGAACAACCCUCUAGUACUCUGGAUUGGCCUAGAACAGAUAGUAUAACCAGUGUCCACUCGUCUUCUAGCACAGUGCCUUCUUUGAAAGCAAAAGAAUUGAAAUACAUUCCCCCUAGGCCAGAGCCAGAUGUGUUCAAUGAUGAGCACAUUGCCCAUCUUUCAAUAAUUAAGAAAAUACAUCUUCCAAAACGAGUAAGAAAAGCUGGAAGACUCAGUAGUGACAAGGACAUCACUGCAGCAGAUGACUCGCAACAAGUUUACAAGCUGCCAUUAGAUGGUAACACAUUUGCUAAUAUGUUCAACAUUAUGAGUCAAAAGGCAGACAAGUCCUUAGCUGUCAAAAAUGCGAAACAGUCUGAGCUAAUUAAAAAUCCUGUUCCAAAGCCUCGUGGGAGAAAACAUGUUAGUGGCUCCUUCCAAGACCAGAGUACCACUGCAGCAAGUGCAUCUCAGACUGGGUCACUAAAUGCAGGGCAAGCUGAUCUGUUGAAUAUUCCUUCCAGACCCGACGAGCUGCCACAAGGUGAACACUGUAAAGACUGCUCUAAUAUUUCUGUUGAACCUUCUUCACCCUCAGGUGGGUCUGGUGCUGCAUUGAGGAGAACCAGAAUUACAUUAGAGCAAAAUGCUCAUGCAGUGUAUGGUGAUACUUCAGAAAAAAUACCUGGACCCUCAUGUCUACCUGUACCCAAAGAAAGAAGGAAACGUCACUGUGAUUCCUUCCUAGGUGAUGCAACACCUGUUUCUCAUUUAGACAGGAUUGGUGAUGGAACUGAUACUAAAGCAAUCCCAGAAAAAAACAUAUCUAGCACGGCUGUUCCAUUUCAUCUAGUCAACAAGCACCUUAGAAACACUCACAUACCAUGUGCAUACAAUUCAUCUUCCAAAGAAAUGGAAUUAUCUCAGACAAUCCCAGGUGAAAUAUCUCGCAAGACAACAGAGGAAAGCUCAAGGUCUCUUGAUGCCCAUUUAAAAUCUGAUGCCGCUUCAGUUGCAGUCCAGGAUGAAGAAGACAUUUUAUUGCAGCUGGAGAGGGAUGUGCUAGAAGCUAUGCAAGAAGUGUUUACUCAGAGACCGUCCCUAGAAAAUAAUGAAGAAAUUCAGAGUGAACUCCUUAAGGAUUGGACCUUUACAGAUAAACCAUUUGUUAGAAACAUCUUACAGAAUGAUAAAGUUGCUUCAGAGAAGGAGAACAUCACAAAGGUCCUGAAAGGAGAGGUCAAUAGGUCUGGGACUGUCACGGUUACUUCCUCUCAGGAUGACUGGCUGCAUGUAGAGCAUAAAAAAGAGAAUGAACCUAUGGAAUUAAACACAAGGAAAGUGAGAGAUGAAGAGUUGGACUUUUUGUCUGUAGAAGUAGCUGCUGGUUCAGAGAAUCAAAGGUCGUCAGGGCAGCUUGUACCUGUUCCUCGUGGCAAGAAGCGUUUGAGUGGUUCUUCGCUGAACAGCACACAAGCUGGUGGCCUCCAACAAGCCUUUGAGCCAUCAACACCUCAGAAAAGACCUGCAGAGGGAGCUUCUGAUGAGAAUACUGUGGCUAGUCCCACAUUAGUGACCUCCAGUCAGUCUCUCCUGGAAUGGUGUCAGAAUGUAACUCAGGGACACAAGGGAGUGAAGAUCACAAACUUCAGCACUUCCUGGAGGAAUGGCCUGGCAUUUUGUGCCAUUCUGCAUCACUUCCACCCAGGAAAAAUAAAAUUUGAAAUGCUGAACCCGUAUGACAUCAAGGACAAUAACAAAAAGGCCUUUGAUGGUUUUGCUGAACUUGGGAUUUCCAGACUAAUAGAGCCUUCAGAUAUGGUUAUGCUCACAGUACCGGACCGCCUUAUUGUUAUGACUUACCUCAGCCAAAUACGAACCCAUUUCACAGGCCAGGAGCUCAGUGUGCUUCAUAUAGAUAAGAACAGCAGUGAGUCUAAUUAUGCAGUAUCAGGAAACCAGGAGGUCCAAGAGGACCCAGAGGCAACUGUUCGCUACUGUGCCCAGAAACUCCAGGAAAAAGGUCUAAGCCUUGAGAUUAUUGGGAGUGGAAGUCCAGCAGAGGAUGACUCCAGAGGAAGUAAUGACACAGCGCCACCUCUUAGAUCCAAACGACUGCAGACUCCUGGGACAGGGGGAACUACCAGCUCUCAAUCUCCUGUGGCACCACCAAGGUCUCAUUUCCUAUCCAAGUCUGGCUUCUCCCGUGUCAAAGAUGCUGAUCUUGUCAAGAAGCGUCGAUCACAAAAGAAGAGUGGGUCCAUUGAUGAUGGAGAUAUAUCAGUGGCUGGUACUGAGCAAGAGGGGAGGAAUUCAGACACUGAAAGAACAGAGUUUGUAGUUGUAGAAGAGAAACCAGAAGGCCAGGACACAAGCCAGUAUGUGUUACAUCAGAUGGAAGCAUUAGAAGCAGAACAAAACCACAUUGACAACAGAGCAGGUGUGGUGGAGCGGAAACUCAGACAGUUAAUGGAAACAGGCAGUGACAAGGUGGAAGAAGAGAGGCUGAUUCAAGAAUGGUUCACUCUGGUUAACAAGAAGAAUGCUUUAAUCCGAAGGCAGGACCAUCUGCAGCUGCUGUUGGAAGAACAAGACUUGGAAAGGAGAUUUGAGCUGUUAACCAAAGAGCUUCGACACAUGAUGGCAAUUGAAGAGUGCCAGAAGACCCAGGCUCACAAACACAGAGAGCAGCUUCUGCUCCAGGAGCUUAUUUCUCUAGUCAACCAGAGAGAUGAGCUGGUUCACAAUUUGGAUGCCAAAGAAAGAGGAGCUCUGGAAGAAGAUGAGCGUCUUAACCGUGGCCUUGAGCAGAGAAGAAGGAAGUAUGCUAAAGAGCAGAAGGAGAAAUGUGUCAUGCAGUGACAAUUAACCCACACCCAUGAAACUGAGCCAUGUGUUAGAAAGAGAACAGGUCAAGAAAAUAUCACGAAUGAGGCAGUGGUAUUAUGUCAUCUUUCAGUCAGCUGUGGUAAAAGAUGCUGAACCUCGUGGAGAGGCAAAAGCACAUAUUUAACUCCCUGUUUAUCAUCACAGAUGCUUUUGUUAUUGCAGACAAAGCUACAGCAUGUAAAAACAGUUUGAACUAGAAAAACUGCAGCUUUCUGGUGAUCAUUCAAAUAGAACUGGACUGUUUUAGAUUCAAUUGUUGGAAUGUAAGAGCAUGACAGGAAGCCAGAGAGAAUCCAGUGCUCAUAGCAGUUUAUAUGGCAUGUUUACAACUGCUCAAAUAUAUUUUAAACACAUUUUCAAAGCAAACUUUUAAUUUAUUGUCACUGCUGUUACUAAAGUGAAAGGUAACACAAAUGUUUUUUCUAAAAAAAUAGAAAUGUAAAAGCCAUGGAAAUGUUUCCAAAGUCUUGAGCUCAAUAUUUACUUUUGGCAAAAACACAGUUGCCACUUUUAUUGCUUUUAAGUGUGAAAUUUAGCCUGUUGUCCUUCCUCUGAAAACAAGUUACACUGUUUGUUUAAGAAAAGUUUUACCAUUUCUGAAACCACACACUUAUUUCUUGUAAAAUUUGCAGUUUGUAUGCUGUGUAACUAGUUCUACUUUGUUUAAUCGAUUGUUCUUGGAAGUUUGUUUUUGAGAAUUUGAUGUAAAAUCUGCACAAAUGGACAAGUUUGGAAAUACAAAAGCCUUAAACGUUU